UCACCAGUGUCGGUAUACGCGCUGAAGUUCACAUUCCGUACCACAGUAGCAGAUACGCAUAUUGUGUCAACAGAGAAUAUUCUCAGUCAGGUGCAGUUCGCGGCAAGCAUAACGCAUGGCUAUCUGCUCGGCAACUUCAGUGGUUUCGUUUCACGUCGAUUGUUACCAUUUCCUGUGAAUGACGACCGAUGGUAUACGCUACUGUUCAAUAACACCAAUAAGAGCCAGUUUCUUGAAUCACGAACACACCUUGCUUGA